AUGGACGCCUCGUCCAACUCGGCGACGUCUGCUGGCGCUCGCAAGAAGCGAUGGGCUACCAAGACAAAGACAGGUUGUGACACCUGCAGAAUCCGCCGAAUAAAAUGCGACGAGAGAAAACCACAGUGCCAGCGAUGCGAGCUUGGUCGCCGCACAUGUACUGGUGUCUUCUACGGUAAACGAUCAGGCAAUGUCUCCGACUCGUCCGCUUCCUCGCCGCCGUCCAUGGGCGGUGCUUCUCGAUCAGCCAGUCCGCCACCACGAGUAGCCGCCAUGAUUGUUCGAAAACACGGCAUCCCGAAAUCCCCAAACAACCCUCCCCAAUUCGUAGGCACGCUUGACGUCCGCGACUUAAUAGACCUCGCCCCUUCGCUCGCGACAGCAACCCAUACGGUGGAAGCAAGCGCCAAUUGGUACGAAUUCAUCCGAGCCAGAGUCCGCGAGCUCACAUCCUACAUAUUCUACCUACCCAGUAGGUCUGGCCACGACAAUGCGUUGGAUAGCGCUAUUCGCUGUACGGCAUCUGGAUUUCGAGAAUUCGCACAAUCUGGCAGUGACAGUUUGUCCUUGUUUCGCACCCGCGAUAAGUCUGUCGCACUCUACACAUCCGCACUUAGGGAGCUGCAAACAGCACUGCAAGAUCCCAAUCGCUCCACCUCUGCCGAGGUUCUUUGUGCUACAGAACUACUAUGCAUAUUCGAGUGCUUGAGCAGCGUCGAUCCAGACGGAACCGUCCAGCACGCAAAGGGUGCCUACCGCCUCAUCCAGAACCGCGGCGCUUCACGAUUCGACUCCGAAUUUGACAAGUCUCUGUUCAUGAACCAAUUACCCUUACUUGCCGUUCAAUCAUUCCAUCUAGACCAAAUCUGCUUCCUCGGCCAACCGCACUGGCAAGCACUCAUCAAAGCCAGUGUGCCCACUACUACCGGCAUGGACCCCCUCGACGACUACAUGCUCACCUUCUACCUCAGCUCCAUCAACAUCACAAACACGUUUAUCAAAAUUACGGCGAUGGUCUUGGGAAGCGUUCCUGAAGCGCAAGUCGAGAGCUUUCGCCAGGCUGUUAUGCUUGAGCUGGAAGAGGAAACGAUGGAUUUGCAGCGCUGGAAGCUGCAAUUACUCCGAGGCCGUCCACCAUAUCCUCAAGACGACAGUGACGAUGACAGCUUCAGCAAGUGGCAAGACUUGUACGAUGCCUACCAAUGUACCACGCUUUUAUUCCAGCGCAUGUACGUUGCUGUCGGGGCCGAGCAGGCCGAACUCUUUGAGCAGCAAGCCCAGAUACUUGCCCUAAAUCUACUGAAUAUUGCGCGAGCCCGGCCGCAAAGCAGUAUUCGACGACCAAACACCCUUUUCGUGGAACCAACGUGCCUGGCAGUCAUUAAUUCAGCAAAACCUUGGGCAGAAUAUGCCACACACUGCACUGCUCAGGUUGCUAUUGGUCAGCCAACGAUGAUUGUGCCACCGAAGCCAUACAGACUGUGGACGUCGCUGCUGGGUAUCCAACUCCGGAAUCAUCCUACACCAAAUAACGGUACUGGCUACUGA